AUGCGGAACCCCUUCGAGUUGGACUACGAUAGCGUCGAUGGCGAUUCAGAGCCUCCCACCGAUUUCGAGGGCCGGGAAGACCAUGUCCACCAACACCAGGAGCAACUGCAGCAACGACAUCUCAACCUUAACUUCCGACCAAAGCAAGAGGAUGAUGGAGACCGGGCAUUGCUGCAAGAAGAUGAGGAGCAGGAUGAUAUGAAGCGUCGUUUUAUUGGUACCAUUGAUCAGGGUACGACGAGUACUCGAUUCAUCAUCUUCGACUGCACAGGUGUCCCCAUCGCCAAGUACCAGACCGAAUUCCGUCAGAUUCACGAGCACCCAGGAUGGCACGAACAAGACCCAUAUGAAUUGGUGGAGUCCGUCUAUAUCUGUAUCGAAGAGGCCAUGAAGUCAUUCCUGGCCCUUGGCUAUGAAAUAUCCGACAUCGAGGCCAUUGGAAUCACCAGUCAACGAGAAACCGCCUUGGUCUGGGACUGGGAAACCGGCGAGCCCCUGCACAAUGCCAUCACCUGGACCGAUACUCGUACCGUCAACUUGGUUCGCGAACUCAAGGCCAAGCCCGGUGCCGAUGACCUCAAAAACAUCUGCGGCCUGCCUCUCUCCACAUACCCCUCGUCCGUCACCCUACGAUGGAUGCUCGACCACCUGCCUGAUGUCCGAUCGGCCUACGAUGACGGGCGGGCUGCUUUUGGAACCGUUGACAGUUGGCUCAUCUACAACCUCAACGGUGGCCCCCAGAACAAGCGUCUGGUCACUGAUGUCACCAAUGCUUCCCGGACCAUGUUCAUGAACCUCGAAACCCUCCAAUACGAUGAUCGACUGUUGAAGUUCUUCGACAUCGACAAGACCAAGCUUCGCCUCCCAGAUAUCCUCCCAUCAUCCGACCCUGAAGGCUUUGGUAAGGUGGCCGAAGGGCCGUUGGAAGGUGUUCCCAUCACCAGCUGUCUGGGUGACCAGGCCUCCGCCUUGGUUGGUCACUGUGCCUUCUCCCCCGGUAUGGCAAAGAACACCUACGGUACUGGUUGUUUCUUGCUAUACAACGUGGGUGACAAGCCUGUCAUCUCGAAACACGGCCUGUUGGGCACAGUGGGCUUCCAAUUAGGUCGUGACCGCAAGCCGGUCUACGCCUUGGAGGGCAGUGUCGCCGUCGCAGGCAGUGGUGUCUCCUUCCUCAUGAACAACCUCGGCUUCUUCCGUGACUCGCGGAAGGUCAGUGAUUUGGCUGCCAGUGUGCCUGAUAACGGAGGCUGUAUCUUCGUCACUGCCUUCAGUGGUCUCUUUGCACCUUACUGGAUCGAUGACGCCCAGGGAACUAUUUGGGGAAUCACUGCACACACACAAAAGGGACACAUUGCCCGCGCGACCAUGGAAGCGGCCUGUUUCCAAACCAAGGCCAUCUUGGAUGCCAUGGCAAUGGACAGCGGCAAAGCUUUGACGGAAUUGGCUGUUGACGGUGGCAUGAGUAACUCCGAUAUUUGCAUGCAGACUCAAGCCGAUAUCAUUCAAAUUCCGGUCGAGCGUCCCUCAAUGCACGAAACCACCGCCCUCGGUGCCGCCAUUGCCGCCGGCUUCGCCAUUGACAUCUGGAAGGAUUUCUCCGAACUCAAGAAUAUGAACCGCGCCAACCGUGCCUCCUUCGCCCCCGCGAUGAGCGUUAAGGCCAGCGGCAAGAUGUAUAAAAAGUGGUCUAAAGCUGUUGAGAUGUCGCGCGGCUGGGCGGAGAACGAAGAAGAAGAAGACGACGACGAAUAA